AUGGUUUUGAAUAUAAAUAAAAAAAUUAAUUUUAACUACAAGGCUUCUAAUAUUCAGAUUCCCUUCAAUAAUUCAAGCCAGCCGCUCUAUCAACUCUUGGAAAAGCUAUCGACUCAGCUAAGCAUCCCACAAGACCAAUUCAAGCUUAUUUACAAAGGUUUAGUCAUUAGAGACUCUAGUAGAUCACUUGACGAUUUGAAAAUUUCAAAUAACUCUACCAUCAUGGUCCUCGUCAACCACUCGCAGAACAUCGAUAAGCAGCAGCAACUCGUAAACACUAUUGAGAACAUUCUGAACAACAACGUUCUUCCUCUACAGCCACAGCUAGAGCAGUUUGAGUCUUCCCCUACUGAGCAGUCCAAACUGGUCUUACAGGAACUUCUCCUUCAAUCCAUCCUCAAAUUAGACUCCAUAAUCUUGCCUUCCGAGUUUAACCAAGCUAGAGAUGUUAGAAAGCACUCCAUCAAAACUACUCAAUCCUUCUUAGAUAGAUUAGACAACGUUAGUCAACUAAAGUAA